AUUGUCCUCUUGAAGAAAAUAUUAAACAUACACUCGGAACAUUAUCGCACUAAACUGCCACAAAUAAGAAGCCACAUAUGAUGCAGGAGAUAACGGACACACGGUCGAAAAGAUGAAGACAUGCACGAAGUUGCGUUCUCGGAUAAUGAAUCUCGCGCGACGAGAUACCCCGCCAGAUUGAACGUCACGCAGCUCGUGAGGUCGAAGAUCGUAAAACGAAAACAACGGAUUCUUCCAUAUCGGUUCAAGGAGGCAGCAGACGCGGUCGAAGAUCCGCGUCACAGCUAGUGGUGAUCAACGAAGAGACGUCUCUUUAUUCCUUGGUUGCGUGUGGUUAAUUGCCUUUUCUCGUGAAGAGUACAAUUUCGAAAAUAAGAGAGAGAGAGAGAGAGAGAUUAUUCUUGAAGGAUUCUCCGAGAAAAGAAAUGCAGAUCAAGGAUAAACGCGCUAUAGUGACCGGAGCAGCAUGUGACCUGGGGCUGGCGAUUAGCAAAGAACUGCUACGAAAUGGUGCCUCGAUGAUAAUUAUGAUCGAUACCGAACAGUCGUCUGGGGAAAAGGCUGUAGAGAUUUUAAACAACGAAUUUGGUCGGAAACGUGCUGUAUUUCUACACUGCGACGUGACAAAUAGCUCCGCGCUCGAUGCUACGUUUAAAGAAGCAAUCAGCGCUCUCGGUGGACUUGAUAUUUUAAUAAAUAAUGUAGGCAUAAUAAACGAAAUCGACUUCUCCAAAGCCAUUGACGUCAACGUGACGGCUGUAAUUCGCGGAACUCUCCUGGGAAUUCAACAAAUGCGGAAGGAUUCCGGAGGCAAGGGCGGUGUCAUCGUAAAUGUUUCGUCUAUUGCCGGAUUACGAGCGUUAUCUCAACUUCCGGUGUAUUCCGCUACGAAGCACGCCGUAGUUAGUUUCAGCCGUUCUUUUGCACAACCCUAUCACUAUGGAAAGACCAAUGUAAAGAUAAUCGUACUGUGUCCCGGUUUGACGGGCACCCUAGAGGACCUACCUCAAGACAUCUCGCACAGUGAAAUUUUGCAGAAUUAUCAACCUCAAAGGGUGGAAAGCGUCGCUCAUGGAUUGGUGUACGUGAUUCGGUGCGCGCAGAACGGCAGCGUGUGGAUCAGCGAAGAUGAGAAACCAGUUUAUGAGGUGCAACUUCCUGACACAUUGCCGCAAAAAAAAAGCGCAAUUGACGUGGAAGGAUUUGUUGACACGAAGUCGAUCGGGAGUUUCACACACAUAUGUUACAUACACAAGUCACAAGAACGUGCGUUAAUUUCCAUCUGUAAAACCUCGAUCAAUCAAAAAAACGGAUCGCUGUACAACACGGCGUACAAAGUUUACAAAUGGAAUCUGCGUCUCGGCUUGCGGUUUUUAUCGCAUUCGCAUCAAAGGAUAAAGGAAAAUAUGUGUUUUCGCAGCAGCGACAGUAAUAGCGAUAAGACGUCAUUCCGUCCAAGUAUGAGGUCAUUCCGUCGUCGUUCCUCAGCAUCCGAAAGAGCGAAGGAGAUCGAAGCGAUCAACUGCAUCGUUUCCGGGAAAAAUGUUCUAAUUACCGGUGGUGCGGCAGGAUUGGGUUACGCUUUCCUCAACCACUUCUUAAAACACACAGCAAACAAAAUAGUUAUAUUGGAUAUCGACGUUGAAACUGGCAGACGGAUCGCGCUUGGCAUCGAAAAGUCUUACAGCGAGAAGAAGGUGCAUUUCAUACACGCCGACGUGUCCAAUUAUAAACAAAUGUCCGAAGCGUUCGAAGAAGCGUCGUUGUUGUUGGGAAAUAUCGACAUCGUGGUGAAUAACGCUGGCAUUUUGGACGAGCGAAGAUGGGAAAGGGAAAUCGCGGUGAACAUCGGUGGUAUGAUCAACACCACGAUGUUAGCUAUGAAAUACAUGAGCAGAAAUACGGGCGGCCAUGGUGGUAUUUUAGUAAACGUGAGCCAACAUGUGGACAUGAGGAACACGGCGCAGCUUCCUGUUUACACUGCCACGAAGCAUGCCGUCAUCGGCCUGUCCCAAUCUCUUUCGGACCCUAGUCAAUACGAGAAGACUGGCGUCAGUGUGAUAACUUUAUGUCCUGGAUUGACGGAAACCGCCCUGACGGUAGACAGCCCCAAUAAAUUGCUUUCCAGAGUCAUGAAGGCGGAUUUCGUGAAGAACCUUGAACAGUUCUCGAUACAGACGCCUUACAUAGUCGCGCAAGGGCUAAUGACGAUCCUAAGGAUCGCCGAGUCCGGUAGUAUUUGGGUCAUUGAGAGCGGCAAGGCGCCAUACGAAGUUUACGUGCCAAAUCCGUGUACGCUGCGUCGUUACUACAAGAACAACUUCACGCACGUCGACACUAAGGUCACGAGAGGUCGCACGAUAAGGGAAGUCUGUGAUACUGCGAGAACAGGCCUGAUGAGUUGUGCCUGACUGUUUUGCUGAUAAUUAGCGAGUACCAAACCCUGAUAUUUCGGUCUAAUCAACGUUGAAAAUUUUCUUGCGCAAUUCGCAUAGCAAACGGAGAUUUAAUCCUGCGGUCGUCGUAGAGGAAUUUCACGUGCGACUUGACGCAAUAAUGUUGCCAAGUGCGUUAGUAUUUAAUGAAACGAUCGUAUCGUUCUGUUAAGUGUAUAGUUAAGCGAUAAGACACGUUUCUUAAAUAUUACGGAUAUUUAAUUGCUAAGUGGAAACACUUAGCUGCAGCAAUAAUCCACAACGAUAUACCAUUGAUUAUAAACGCAAAAGGGACAAGAGAGAGAUCGUUGUAUAGACGCGGAGCGCGCGUCGUGAAAUUUUAUAAAUUGAGAUUAAGUAAAAUCUCUCUUCUCACGAUUUCUUGUGUCUCUUCUGUCGGUUAUUUCGUAUUAACUCUAGGACUGUAUUUUAAGAAUAUUUGCGGGUUUUUUCUUUGUAUCUCCUAUACGCGCUCAUUGGGAGAGACUUCGGAUAUUCCCGUUGAUUUCUCUAAACAUAAUUGUUCAAUGUUCAUUUCUUAAAUAAAUAAUAUCAGGUUUUAAGAAGAAAUAAAUCUGUGAUAAAGGUUUCACAUGCAAUAAAUGCAUUGAAAGAAAAAAAAAUAACGGAAAUUCUAAUGAUACAUUGAAACUUCAUUGGAAUCUCAUAGAUUAAUGCGAUUACUUUAGUUCGAAUUAAUUUGUCGUAUAUUGCAAAAUAUGCUCUGCAUAAUUGCAUUCAGUGUAAGAUUUAAAAGAUCUCGUUGGGUUCAAGUUAUACGAACUAACGCUGACAUUUGUCAUUCAAUAAAUCACUUUCGUGUCGCUUGCCGAUUAGACAAAACACAGUGGAUGUAGCGCGUGGGGCUUCUUUUUUAUGAACGUUCUAAUCUCGUAUAUAUAUAAUGCGCAGUACAUUUCUGUAAAUAUUUCGGUAUCAUCGAGCGCACGAUAGCCUUGUAACAUGCGUUAGCAGAGUUCUAUAAAAGACGUGACGUAAUUCUGCCGACA